CAAAAUGAUAAUUUAAUUUUAUCUUAUCACUUAAUUUAAAAGAAACUAAAAGCUUGUUGUCGAAUACUAUUGACUUGUGAGUGAAUAAAUAAUUGUUAAAAUGUCGGUACAUUAUAAAUUUAAAAGUACCCUUAACUUUGAUACAAUAACGUUUGAUGGACUUCACAUUUCGGUUGCUGAUUUGAAACGAGAAAUCAUAUUGCAGAAAAGACUCGGUAAAAUUAUCGAUUUUGAUCUGCAAAUUACCAACGCCCAAACUAAAGAAGAAUACAAGGAUGACAAUUUUUUAAUACCAAAAAAUACUACGCUAAUUAUUGCGCGAAUACCGAUAGCCCAUCCCGUUAAAAAAGGUUGGGACCCGCCACCUGACAAUGCUAUUCCAAAUGUGUCCUCAAACAAACCAGAUAACCUAAAUAUGGAUCUAUUUAAGAUGCAAGGAAGCGAAGAAGAGAAAAUACAAGCAAUGAUGAUGCAAAGUACAGCAGAUUAUGAUCCUAAAACGUAUCACAGAAUUAAGGGACAAUCUCAAAUUGGCGAAGUUCCAGCCUCAUAUCGAUGCAAUAAAUGUAAAAGGGGUGGACACUGGAUUAAAAACUGUUCGUUUGCAUCUGGAAAAGAGCAAUUUGAGGUCAAGAGAAAUACAGGAAUUCCACGAUCAUUUAGAGGCAAGCCAGAAAUCACAACAGAACAGGAAACAUCAAACUUUAUAGUAGCUAACGAGAAAGAGCAAGAGAUUCCAGAAGAUUUAAUUUGUGGCAUUUGUCGCAAUAUUUUUGUUGAUGCCGUAAUGAUACCAUGUUGUGGAAGUUCCUUUUGCGACGAUUGCGUGAGAAACUCAUUGCUGGAAUCAGAAGAUAGUGAAUGUCCGGACUGUAAGGAAAAAAACUGUUCACCAGGAUCAUUGAUUCCAAAUCGUUUCUUAAGAAAUUCCGUCAAUGUUUAUAAAAAUGAAUCUGGGAAUAAACUUGCCGCAUUUAAGCCUGUCACUAAACCAACUGCGGCUAGUGAGAAAAAGGAAAACGUUACUCUGGAAGCAGAUGACCCCAAUAACGCAGAGCAAGCGGAACAGAGUAACGUACCUGCGGCUAAUAAUUCAGAUGAACCAAAUGCUAGCAAAGCUGUUAUCAGCAAUCCGGAGCCUAUUAAAAAAGAAAAGGAUAAAUCUGACUCAGACUACGAGGAUAAUAUAACAAUAAAAAUGCCACAAAAGGAAGUUGAUAACAAUUUCGUCAGUGCUGAGACCAAUAAAGAGCAGAUUCAACCUUCGUACCAACAAAUACCAGCUAGCAGCAAUGCAAUUCAGCGUCGGGAAGGCAACUAUGAAUAUAAGUCGGAUAUUGAAAUAAAGCAAGCUCCAUAUGUUAAAAAUGAUAACAUUAAGCCUCAAAAUGAACGAAGUCUUUUACCAACUCCGAUUGGAACUCAUCAUAAAUAUCCGAACAUGAACAUAAAUGAUCAACGGGAUAAACCUGUAGUUAAUACAGAUCAAGGUCAUCGCAUGGGCCAUUAUAAGCCUCCAUACAUUCAAAUGCCCCGAUGUCCUACUAUCAUACAUAUGUCUCCAUACAAUAAUGGCUAUAAUAACAUGCAACAUAGGCCACCAAUGAGCUUUCCACAUUAUCAAAACCAACCUGUGCAUCCAAUGAAUACAUCAUAUAUUGCGCCGGGGAACAUCAAUAUCAAUCCCACGCAAACAUUUCAAUCAUCUAAUUUGGCCUCAAUUUAUCAAGGAGUAGCGGCCAAAGUUGGCACGGGACUUAUUGACGAUCCACUCGAAGCUUUUAACCGAAUAAUGAAGGAAAAAGAAAAGCUAAAAGUAGAUCGCCGGCGAAGUCCAGGCCAUCACAGAUCUCGAUCGCCUGGAAGACUGCGACAUCGCUUCAAAUCACCAGCGUAUGAUCGCGGCUCGUCGCGAGAGAUGAUCAGCAAUGAGAAGCGGGCACGUUCGCGGGAGAGGAAGCGUGAAUACAGCUAUGAAAGACGACCAGGCCGCGUGACACGUCAUUCAAGCAACGGAUCAAAUUCACCAAGCGACAAGAAGAAGAGAUAUGUGCAUCGUCGUUCGCCCUCGCCAAAGCCCGGAUAUAAGCCGCGGACUCGAGAAAAAUCGUUGAAUAAACAGUACCCCAUAAAGACGGAUACAGUUGAGCCGCCGCCUCCAGGCUUCGAAUCACUACAAAUAGAGAGUUUAAAUGAUAAUGAAAUAAACAUAAAUAAUAAGAAAGAAGAACCAGAUGUCGAUAGAAAUCUUAAUGACCAGAAUACUUCUCUGAAAAGGCAGAGGCAUUAUAGUAAGAGUGUAGAUAUUAAGGCAGUUGAGAACUGUUCCAGAAGCUUAACGCCACCGACCAAGUCAAAGGCUCCGAAGAUAGCUAGAACUGAGUGUGCAGAGACAUACGAGGACUCACCAAAAACUCCCGAUCGAAAAGAACAACAAAAUGUAAAGAGAAUUGAGAAGCGCCCGAGUACCCAAAUGUUGAGUCCAGAGAAUGGCAAAGAGACCGUCAAGUUACUGGAGAAUGUGGAACCUAAGAACGAUAUGGGGAAGGAAAACAAUCUUAAGCUCAAUCUUCAGCUAAAAGACCGAAAAAAGAAGAAAAAAGAUAAGUCAGAGCGGAAGAAAAACAAAAAAGAGAAACGCGACAAGAAGGAUAAGAGCAAGAAGAGUCGCUCGGAAAGCAUAGAACCGACGCCAGAGAAGAGCUCUGACGUCAAUGCAAGUUUAAUGGACGUGUGCGAUGAGAGCAUUGAAAGCUAUUCAAAUAAUCAUACUCAGAAGCUAUCCAAUUGUAUUGAUCCCAAUGCAUUGAAUAAAAAGGAAACUGUUUUGAGCAUGGAGUCCUUGGAUCACGAUUUAAAUAGAGAAAAUAUAUCAAAUAAAAUAGGUGAGCCCAAUGAUGUCCAAAUAUCGAAAUGGGAAAUGGACGACACUAACUUAGGCAGCAGCCUAAUGGAUCCUUGUAAAAAGAAUACCGCAAAUAAAAUGCAGGAACAUUCAGAAAUAACAUCCGAUGUCAUUCGCAAGGCGGAAAAUGCCAUUUUCGCUAAGGCUAUCAACGCUAUUAGGCCAGUUGAGUUUAAAGUGGUUAUAGACUCUAAGCAUAGCAGUAAGGAACCUUCGGUUUCCAUAAAAAGUAAUCAGAAAGAUCGCUCGCAUUCCCCUAAAUCGACUAGUAAAUCGGUUAAGGAACGUUUAGGAAACAAAGUUGUCAAUGAACGACAUUAUUCAUCGGAACGAUCGAAGAAUAGUCGACGGGAGAGUUCGGUGAAAAAUGUCAGUGAUGAUCGACACAAAUACAGUUCGUCGAGCUAUAAUUCUAGGAAAAAAGAAAAGGAUUCCAAAGAGCGAACAACAGCGACGGAGAGAAGAUUCGAGGAGCACCGAAAUCGGGAUCGAUCGAAUGAUCGGGAAAUACAUGUAAAUACAACCCAGAAGGAUUCCCAUUUCAAGGACUCUCACAAACACAGAACCCAAUUCAAGGACAAACCAUCGGCAAAGGAUAGUCGAAGUGAUCGACAAAAGAAAUAUGAAUCGGAUCGUAGCUCUCGUAAAAGUCCCAAAUUAGGCGAAUUGCGAUUAGUUUCAUCGAUUGCUUCAAGACCUUGUCGACCGGACAACCCGUUUCGGAAGUUCGAUGAGAAUAUUUCGAGUAGCAAUAAGGUUCCAAAAUACGAUAGCCUAAUCAAGGGCGACGUGACGCCUCCCAAAUCUGAUCAGGCUGAAUACAAGAAGCGCAAGGAUAAGAAAGUCAAGAAACUGAAGAGCCUAAAGAAAUGUUCGUCAUCCGAAUCGGUAAGAAGUGAAAAGCAAAAAGAUGUAAAAAGCAAAAAAAAGAAUAAAAUCUUAAAGAAAAAGAAAAAGUCCCGGAAGUAAGUUUUUGAACAUAAAACCCCUUAAGUCAAAGCAAACAAAUAAAAACAAAAACAAAAAACAAAUAUAUAAUAUAUAUUUAACAU